GCCGCCACACGCAGGAUGGCGGCGGCGGCGGGCGAGGCUGGGGCCGCUCGGAGGAGGCGGCUGCGGGGCUCCGGCGGGUGAAGGACCCGGAACGGAGCCGGCUGAGGGGCGAGCACCGGGCAGGGCAGGGCCGGUGGCCGCAGGUUGGAACCUGCCUUUAGUAGGACGACAUCCCCUUUUCUUCGUGUGCUCCGCGCUCUUUCCACGGGCGUAGCGCCGCGCCGGACGAGCAAUUACUCCCGUGACGUGGCAGGAUUGGCGCCUCGCUCCCAGCAGCCUCCAAAGCCCCGGGAACAGCUCUCUGUGCCGCUGGCUAAUGGGGCAUGCCUUGUAACAUCAUGUGCUACCGCGCCGCUUGGAGUCUCAGGGUUCAGAUGCCGCUAACGAUACGCGAUGGAAGAAAGGCGGGGAGGGGAACGCGGCUUUACAGCUAAACACAACAGCAGCCCGGAUAGAAGUGACACCAAGCACUGAAAUUCUUUCAGUUGCAAGGCCGUGCUGUCACGCUGGGGGAUAUCGGGCCCUCUCAGCGCUUUGGGGGUUUAAAGUGACCCAAAAGUGUCAGUUAAGAAUAAGAUCCCUGGCAUCCCACCCUGUGGAUUAGCAGCAAACAGGCGUAUCAUCUAGGUACUUUCAGAAGGUGCCGCAAAGAAGCUUCCUCGUGUGGAAAACCCUACGGGAAAAACCGUGCGUUUUCUGGAAACUCGUGGAGCAAAGCUCUCAAAAUGGCAGACAAUAAGGACAGUAAUGUUAAAAACGCAGAUGUGAGACCCAAAAGCAGCCGGAGCAGAAGCGCAGACAGAAAGGAUGGUUACGUCUGGAGCGGAAAGAAGCUCUCCUGGUCCAAAAAGAGCGAGCACUGUUCUGAUGCUGAAACUGUGAGUGCUGCAGGAAGAUCAGGGUCUAAUUUAAAGAGCCAAGAGAGGAAAUACAGCUGCUCCUCUAUCGAGCUGGAUCUAGAUCGUUCGUGUGGUCACAGGUUUUUAGGCCGGUCUCUCAAACAGAAAUUGCAAGACGCCGUGGGUCAGUGCUUUCCCAUAAGAAACUGUAGCAGUCGGCACGCCUCAGGACUUCAGUCGAAAAGGAAAAUUCAUAUCAGUGAAUUAAUGCUAGAUAAGUGUCCUUUUCCUCCGCGCUCCGAGCUUGCUUUUCGGUGGCACCUGAUUAAAAGGCAUACAGCCCCCGUCAGCCACAAGGCGGAAGACUGGAUAAUCGCUGACUUAUCCCAGAAUGAGGAGAAGGAGGAUCACCUGCGAGACGACGAGGUAGCCAACGGGGGAGCGGACUCUCCCUCCCAGUCCUGUGACCUUACUGAUGGCAUUUCCUCCAGGGGGGACUCGAGGCCCGAGCUGGUGCUGGGUAAGGUGGUAAGGAGCAGUAAAGAGGAGAGCGAUAUGGACUCCGACGAUGAAGUUAUUACGCUAUGCACGAGCUCUAGGAAAAGAAACAAGCCCAAAUGGGAAACCGACGAUGAGCUGCUGCGGAUGGAAACGCCUCCGAAAUACCACACGCAGAUCGAUUAUGUCCACUGCCUGGUCCCAGACCUCCUUCAGAUCAACAACAACCCCUGCUACUGGGGAGUCAUGGAUAAAUACGCCGCCGAAGCGCUGCUGGAAGGAAAGCCGGAGGGAACGUUUCUGUUACGAGAUUCUGCCCAAGAAGACUAUUUGUUUUCUGUGAGCUUCAGGCGCUACAGCCGGUCCCUCCACGCGCGGAUAGAGCAGUGGAAUCACAACUUCAGCUUCGAUGCCCACGAUCCGUGUGUCUUCCACUCGCCAGACAUCACGGGACUCCUAGAGCACUAUAAAGAUCCGAGCUCCUGUAUGUUCUUUGAACCGCUUUUAUCCACUCCGUUAAACAGGACCUUUCCUUUUUCUCUCCAACAUAUAUGUAGAACAGUUAUUUGCAACUGUACGACUUACGAUGGCAUCGAUGCACUUCCUAUUCCUCCGUCAGUGAAGCUGUAUUUGAAGGAAUAUCAUUACAAAUCAAAAGUUAGAGUACUCAGGAUUGAUGUACCAGAGCAGCAAAGCUAGAAAAUAUUUUUAUGAAAGAAUGAAAUUGUCUCUAAACAGAUAAAUUUGUGUUCAGUCUUUCCUCCUUUUAAGUUUCUUAAUGUCAUUUUGACUUUUUUUCCCUUCUUCUGCAGAUUAUUUACAACCCAAACUAGCCUCUGUCUAAGGCUUUUUUAUCCAAACGUUCUUUGAGUCUUCCCAAGCCUCUUUUUAGAAAUGGUAUUCGUUGUGGGCUUUUGGUACUGUUCCCCAACUAGAGUUUUACGGAACUUCAGGUAGGCUUUCUGGUAUUUCUAUAGAUGGAUAGUCUUUAGAUCUAAAAACCUUAAAAAUCAGUUUUGAACUUGAUCUGUCUUUUAUAUUGUAAUUUACAUAUGUUGCUGACAUGUUUGAAAUAAUGCACAUUAACUAAAGAUUGACUCACCUCUA